CAAACCCUUUCGGAGUUAAUGGAGUAGUCGCGAGUUUAACACAGUGGCCAGGCCAUGACAAGUCAAGUGCAGCAUGAUGAAUCAUAAGGGGUCGACGCGCCGCUGGUGUUACUGUUUACAAAGAGCAGAACUUUGGAGGAAAUUUCUUUAUAUCUAACAUGGAGAAAGCCAACAUUGUAACAGACCUGGGAUCCGGAUCCUGUCAUGUUGGAUUUGCCGGUGAGGACGUACCCAGAUCUGUAUUUUCAAACCUUAUUGGACGCCCGAAACGACAAACGGCGUCAUCUGAAGUGGAGUUCUAUAUUGGAAAUGAAGCCCAGGCGAGGCGAGAAAUACUGGCCAUGACAUCUCCUAUUGACAGAGGAAUUGUCACAAACUGGGAGGACAUGGAACAGUUAUGGCAGUACGUCUUCACGGGUACGCUAGGAGUAUCUCCCGAGGAACACAAUGUGCUGAAUUCGGAAAUAUCAUUUAUGCCAAAAGCUUGUAAGGAAGUGAUGUUGCAGUUAUUAAUGGAAAAGUUUAAUGUGCAAGGCUACAACGCCCAGCUGCAGGGUGUUUUAGCUGCCAUUGCCUACGGUCAUACCAGCAGCCUCAUUCUGGAGUGUGGUGAAGGUGUUGCACAAGCAUUUCCGGUAUACGAGUCCUACGCUUUUCCGGACACGAUAAAAAGUAUGGAGAUUGCUGGAAAGGACGUCACGAUGUCUCUACAGAAACUCCUCUAUGAAAAGGGAUAUUCUUUUACUACAUAUUCUGAAAUUGAGGCAGUGAGGGAGAUAAAGGAAAGAUAUUGUUCCAUACGUCCCGACAAGAUGGCCUCGCAGUCAGAAGAAGAGGUCAUAUACACAUUACCAGACGGUCAACAAAUAACCAUUGGUGACGAAAGGUUUGAGGCUCCGGAAGUCCUUUUUCGGUCAUCCUUACUAGGUUAUGACACGGGUGAACUAGGAGGGAUCCAAGAUUUGGUGCACGCCUCUCUCCAGGCGUGUGAUUCCUACUGCCGACGAGAUCUGUAUUUCAAUGUUCUCCUGUCAGGGGGAACUACUUUACUGCCAGGUUUUAAAGAGAGGCUUUUACAAGAACUGAGCAGUAAGGCCCCAUGCCGUGUCAAAGUGUGGGCGGAUCCAGCUCGGAAGUUUAUGGUGUGGAUUGGUGGAUCCAUUUACGCCUCUCUGUCGUUUUGUGAGAAUAAAUGGAUAACCAGAAGCGAAUAUAGUGAACAUGGACCCAAUAUUAUUCACCGAAAAUGUCAAUUGGCCGCGAAUACCAAACUGACUUAGUGGACUAUAAUACUGUUAUGCCUAAUCUUAUUUUAUAAAAAAGAGGGAGGGCUUAUAAAACACUACAUCGUCGGAAACCCGCACGUUCUCAUGAAUAAUUAAUGAGGCAGUUUGAUUGGGCGCUCAUAGUACACCCUGAGCGAAUUUGUCCAAUCAACAAGACGCUUUCAGCCCAAUUUCGGUAGACAAUUGUAGUGAUAGCAAAGUUAAGUUAAUGCUACCUUUAAAGACAGAAGAGUUUCGUUACUAUAACGAUUACUUUUAUUGGACGAUAUUUUAAAAUAUUUCUUUAUGAGAACGAGCGAGUAGGAAUGAAUAAACCCACGGAUGAUGGAGAGAGGAACGAAACGUAAUCAACCGUGGGUUUCCGACGAUGGAAAGACUACUGAAUUAUGGCAUUAUUGUUUUUAUUAUCAUAUGUUAUGAAUUAUCAUUAUCAUGAAAAUAAAAUUGUAUUCUAAACAUA